UCCUCACCAAAAAACAAAUGGCUGAAGUACAAGCCGAAAUAGAAAGGAUUUUUGAGCUUGCCAGAACUUUACAGUUGGUUGUGCUUGAUUGCGAUACAAUAAACCACCCUUCUCAGCUAGGAAAAACCUCGUUAGCUCCUAUCAUAGUGUAUGUGAAAAUAUCAUCACCAAAGGUGCUACAACGACUCAUCAAAUCCAGAGGGAAAUCCCAGAGUCGUAACUUAAAUGUACAGAUGGUGGCAGCUGACAAGUUAGCACAAUGUCCUCCUGAAAUGUUUGAUGUGAUACUCGAUGAAAAUCAGUUGGAAGAAGCAUGCGAACAUCUCUACGAGUACCUCGAAACUUAUUGGCGUGCUACUCACCCACCCGUCAAAAGUCCUCCUUCUGACUUACAGCGACCAAUAUCACCACCUAAACAAACCCCAAGGGUGGAAAGUAAUGUUGGGAGCACCAGUAUGGCACGAUAUAACACUACACCUCCAAUGAUGCGAUAUAGGACACAAACCGAAAGAUUACGCUCACGACCUUCAGGAGAACUGUCUUCACCAGACCUAGAGCAACAGCCUGAGUAUUAUGGUACAAGAGAUUUCAGAGAUUCCCAUCCCUCAUCAGGAAGCCACAGGAGCGAUUAUCACGAUCCCUAUAUUCAUGAAAGUGGCCACCGGGAUCUCAGGGAACAAAAGUAUACUAGGGAACGAGAUUAUGCUAGAGAAUGUGAGUGGGAACGAGAACACGAUCCCUAUUAUGAUGAAUAUGAUAGGAUGCUGAUGCACGAGAAAGAGCGUGAAAGUCGACCUAGUGAAAUGAGAGAAAUGCGUGACUUAAGAGAUUAUGAACAACAUCAUCACCGUCACCAUGGUAAUAGAGACUACCACUCCCCUCACAGGGGGCAGAAAUACCCUGGACACACAGUUAAUGUGAUCUAGCAGUCACUAAUGCAGUGAGACACAUGACUUGCAUGUGAUGUCACUGCCUUUCACCCAUGUUUUCAAAUGUUAUUUUUUCCUAUUUGACUUACUAGGUUCCACAAAAUAUUUUCUUGUUUUUCUCCACAUACCUAAUGAUGUUGGGGAUGGCUGAAUUGAUGGAAGAAAUUCGUCCAACUUUUUGAAGGUAGUGUAUAACAAUUGUAAUUACAACAAUUGGGAAUGACAGAGAAGUAGUAUGCAUAUGUACUCGAGCUGUGCCCCAUGGAUCCUGUAGUUAUGUAUAUAAAAUGCUUCUAUAUAUAUUACCACUUCUCUUGAAGCAACUUUUAUCAGGAAGGUGAAGUAUUACAUAGUUGGAAUACUGGAAGUUUCUGUGUUCGUAUUAAAUUGUUUACAUAUAACUAGUCAAAAUCUAUAGUAAACAAGCUCUGUGAUUUAAGAUUUUGGUCAACAAACCACAAUAGAAAGAAAACACACACAAUUCUUAUUUAAUUUCUGAAUUUUACUCAAAAAGUGUACUUUGAUUAUAAAGUUUUUUUGUUUUUUUUGUGACUAAUGUUGUAUGUUUUAUUUUAAAAAUACUAGUGUGAACACUGUUUGUAGACAAACAAAUGUUAUAUUGGUAGAAGGUUGAAGCUCAACUGAAGUUACAAGAUUUCAGUCAUUUAUUAACUGUUUUUCUUGGUGAUAGGAUUGAAAAUAUGACAUUCUCAUGAAAUAUAUUUUUUAAAAACCUGCUUAUUGCAGAGUUUUUGGUAAUAUUUUACUGAGUGUGAGUGAUUAUCUUACUACUAAACGUUAAAAGUCUGUAAAUAAUUACAGCUGUUGUCUUUUUUUGGAAGAUAAUUAAAACCAGAUUAGAGCAGCAGAACAUAAGAAAACGUUUUGGUUAUCUGCAUAUUUCUUAUUAAAAUCUUGUUUUAAUUUAGGAGUAUAAUAACUUCUUUAUAGACGAACUUAUCAUUUUUUUAUAUAUCACAGUACUUUUUAAAGUUUCUCUAUACUUCAUAUACCUUGAGUUUUCAUUUCUUGAUAUCUUUUCUGAUAGUUUAUUUCCAAAUUGUUUUUCGUUUAACUAAAGAUCAGCUGUUCUUCUAUAUCCACACAGAUAGUACUUGUGCUGUCUUAAUAUGAAGUACAAUUUUAGAUUUUGUCUAUCUGACAGUUUAUAAAAAAAGAAAAAAUUAAAUAAGUUAUUGACUGAUGCUUUAGACUAUUAAAAAGAUAUGUAAAUAUUAUUCAACCUUUACUUCCUGCAUGCUUUCACCAGUUAAAUUUUAUGUAAAUAUUUCUGUGGCUUACCACAACUUUUACAAGUUCUACAUAUCUUUUUGGAGAUGUUCACUGUGUCACAAGGAUCAAUAAUGCAUCAAACAGAACCAUUACGGACGUGGCCAGACUCUGGCUAUUUAUGCAUCAGUCUUUGAAGUACUGGAAUUUGUUGUAGCAGUAAAAAUGAUUUUAUAGCAUUGAAAAGUGUGAAAAUCAUGCGUGUGAUAUUAUGUAAUCGACGUGUCUUGUAUUACGUACGAGCUGUAGAACAUUUCUAAACUUGAUAGUUUUAUAGUCUCGCAUAGAACUGAAGAUAGAGGUAUCAGGUGUACUAUAGGGGUUGAGAAAAAAUUGACAAAAUUUAAGUCUGUUAGUCAUGUAUUUUAAAUCAGGUAAGUGAAACUAGCACUGUGUAAUAAACUUGUUUCGUCAUAUCGCAUGACAUUCAAUUCUGUUUUCGAAAAACAUUAGAGACUGAUAAAAAAAUUUUGGGAGUUCACAUGUAGUAUCAUUUGUUUGAUUUAAGAAUCUUUGUGUAAUACUGUUGAGACUUUGCUUAGGACGUACUGUGGCUAGUUAGUUUCCUAUUUUCUCUUUAUCGUUCACACUGUCAUGUUAUUACUGUUCUUUUUUAUCAAUGGUUGAUAAGAACAAAAUGUAUAAAAACUAUUUUUUUAAAAACUUUUUCUAGUUUUUUUUUGUGGAAAAAAAUCUUUUAAUAUACGAAAAACGUUGUAAAAUUCAUAAAUCGGCUGGAAAGAAAAGUAUUAUUGGUAAUCCUAUGUUAAAAAUCAAAUUUGUAAACACAGUAGACUGAAGAAAUUUUCGGUUUGCAGGGUGAUGCGACAGAAGAUUUUGAAUAGUACAGUGACGUGUGUGCACGUUCAUUCAGAUUAACUUGCUGCAUUUGUUAUCCCUCGUCUAGUGGGAAAAGUUCAGUAUUUGUUGUAUGGAUAAGUGUUAGCUGUUACAUUUAGAUGUAAGUGGUUGGAAAGUAACGUUUUAUAGAGGCUGUUAAUUGAACGGGCUGGAUUCACGAACAAAUGUUAUUGGAGUAUUGGAUGCUUGUGGAAUAGAUUCCUGUGCACACAUUAUAGAUUAUACAUUUACAUCAUCUUUUUUUUUUAAUUUGUAAGUUCUUAAAAUUUUCAGAUGCUAUUCUUUGUAAGUUCAAUCUUCUUAGAACUUUUAAUCAGUACAAUAUCUUAGUGUAACCCCCAGGAAACUCGUGUUAUUUCUAGGGUAAACAUCUUUCACACAUUUUUCACGUUGCACUGUAGAAUUGAAUGUAUACUGCACAUUUUCAAGACUGUUUAAAUGUGGGAUUUACUGCCCCAGCUGCCUUUAUGAUAUAAAUCUGAAUAAAAACUUUAGCAAAAUGAGGAAAGUCUGAAGUAGAAUGUAUUGUUUUUGCACCAAUUGAAGGGCUGCUGAGUUUGUUUUAGCAGAUAAAGUACAAUAUACACUAAAUCUUUUUUCAAUGUAUUUUCAAAAAUACUGUUUUUAUUCAUCACAUUUUUCUAAGGGUUCAAAAGUAUAAAAUGUUAGUUAGAAAAGUAUAGAACACAGUAAAGCUGCCUCUAUAUUCCAGUAACAUUCAAUAUAACUAUAUAGAAUACUGAGUUACUUGUCUUAACUGUUAAUUUGAAACAUUAUUUUGGUCUUUGGUUAUUUCUAUGAAGAUAUAGGUUUGGUAUCUAAUUGUUAGUUAAAAGAUAACUGGUUUCUGACAACUGCUUUAAAGAAUAACUUAGAUCUCCAAUUAUUAUUAUAAAGAUUGAUUUUUACAGUCUGAUUAUUAGUAUAAAGAACACCUUUGUUUCAUGUUCAUUAGGUAAAGAAUAAUUGUGGUCACAACAUAUAUAUAUAUUUCCCAGAAUGCACUUUUUGUGUUUUUUUUUCACUCCUGUUACAUGUGUAUUAUAUAUCUAAAUUUUUCUACAUAUUUUGAUUCAGAGAUAAGUGUCAAUAUUAUAAGGUUGAAACAAGUAGAAUGAUUCAAAUAGAAAGCUGAUUAAAGUUAAAUAUUUCAACUGAUUUUAAAAGUUUUGCUCUAAAAAAAUCUAUCUAAAUAGCAUAUUUUCAUGUCUUUAGCUUCUUAUUACAAAUUAUGUAUUGUAAACUUAUGGCUUUUUCUACAUGUACAUUUCCCAAUACUGAAAGUUUGUGUUUGUCUUCAAGAGGCUUUUUAAAACACAUUUCUGUUCUAACAAACGUAUAAAUUUGUUUUUAAUUUUAGUUUAAUUCUCUUCUCAA